AUGGAUUACGAGAAAGAAAUGGGUUUACUCCAAGACGAUAAAGAUCGAAAUUUAAGAACAGAUGCCAAGCCGGAAAAAUGUCGAGAGAUGGAUAAAAGCGCGAGACGUAAGCCCCUACCAGGGAAAGAGGAGAAUUGCGGGGGUGGCAGGGUGGCAGGGUGGCAGGGUGGCUUCAGGGCCGCCAGUCGGGGCUGGGUGAGUAAAAAUCCCAAAGAAGGGAUACUCUGGGUGGUUGUACAGCGCUGUGCGAUCGAGCAGGACGGCAAGAGUUAUUGGGGGUGGUGA